CGUGGCCCCGCGGCCCAGCGGUCGCCGCGUCCGGAGGUCGCGCAGCGCCGCGGGCGCAGCGGGUGGGGGCGGGGCGGGGGGCGCUGAAGGUCACGUGUCAGGGGGCAGCGGGCGCCGCGCUGACCUUUGACCUCUGACCCGCCGGGGGCUCCGCGGAGCGGGGCUGACGUCACCGCCGCGCCCGAGUGACGUCAGCACCGGGUCUCCCUGACCGGCCGUGACGUCACCGCCGGCGCCAUGUGGCGGAGCCGCGGCGUCGUGGCGCGGGCACUGGGGGCACGGGGACGGCCCCGGGGCACGGGCACAGCGCGGUGCUCGGGGCCGGCGGCCCUGCAGGACCUGGCGGUGCCCAACGGGAGCUGGAGCGCGGCGAUGCGCGAGCACUACGAGCGCCUCCUGCGCCGCACCGCUGACGGCUCCUGGCGCCGCGUCCCCUCCUACCGCAACGCCCUCGAUCACUUCCCAGCUGCGGCCGGGCAGGGGAUGGGGACGCGGCUGUUCCUGCGCAGCACGGACGCCGAGGGCGCCGGCUUCGAGUACGUCACCUUCCUGCACAGCGCCGGCAACCGCGCGCUCUGCCUCUGCCAGCCGGGGCCGUACCUCGAGGGCCACCCCGGCUUCAUGCACGGCGGCGCCAUCGCCACCAUCAUCGACACCACGCUGGGGACCUGCGCGCUGGCGGCCGCCGGGCGCGUGAUGACGGCCAAGCUCAGCAUCGACUUCCUGGCCCCCGUGCCGCUGGGCUCCGUGGUGCUGGUGGACGGCGGCGUGGACAGGCGCGACGGCCGCAAGAUCUUCCUCUCCUGCCAGGUGCGCGGCGCCGCAGGGGACACGCUGCACGCCGAGGCCACCGCGCUCUUCAUCCAGCUGGAUGCCGCCAAGUCCCCCCCGGCCACCUGCCUCACCCCGUGACGCCGUGGCCCCGCUGGCGGGGGGGGGCCCAGGGUGGCCCCACGUCCCCUGUGUGUCCCCCCCCCGCCGGUGGCAGCCCCCAGAUCAGAGCGCUGGCAGCCAACGA